AGAAUCAUUCGAAUCGAAUCGAUUCAAUUCGGUUCCGGAUUGUCCUGCAAUAUUAUUGUUAUUUGACCAAUCACAACGCCAAAGCCAAUUCAAAGGACACACCACCAUCGCAGCUCACCAACAGCGAACGAUCCUACCGUACCGUAGCUAGCUCUACUAGCAACCAGAUUGAAAGGAACCAUGAUCUCGUUUCUCCUCAUGGUCAACAAGCAAGGCCAAACUCGGCUUAGCUCUUACUACGAAUGGCUUCCAAUGGAAGAACGUGUGGCGUUGGAGAGUGAAAUUAUCCGCAAGUGUUUGAGUCGCAGUGAGCUUCAGUGCAGCUUUUUGGAGUAUCGUGGAUACAAGGUGAUUUACCGUCGUUACGCCAGUCUCUUUUUCAUUGUGGGCACCAAGCCCGAUUUGGGUCAACCAGAGAACAACGAGAAUGAAUUGGGAAUGCUCGAAUUUAUUCAUGCUCUUGUGGAGACAAUGGAUCGAUGGGCUGGGUCUAUUUGCGAGUUGGAUAUCAUGUAUCAAUUGGAGCAAGUCCACUUUCUUCUCGAUGAAAUGGUACAGAAUGGCUACAUAACGGAGACAAGCAAAGGCAAUAUUCUCAAACCCCUAGAUUUGAUGGAGCGAGAAGCACAAAAGGCGGACUCCAUGUACCGUUAACCAUACAACAAUCUACCAAUGCAAUCAAUGGUAGCUUUCCUUGAAAACGUCGUUGCGGUCGCUGUCUAAUCGACGAACUACUUCCUGGAUCUACAAAUAAACUGGAUGUCCCAAAUUCCAAUGACGGAGGCGACAAGGAUCUAAAUCUAGUUUUAAUUGCCCAACGAGAACCAAAUCAAAGAAUAAUUUCUCUUCUAUCCUUG